CAUGCUUUUAAAUCUCGAAGUGUUAAUUUAUUCUGUUUUCAUCUAAUUCAAUUAUCUUCAUUUAACAAAAUGGAACGCAACAGUAACAGUUGUCGAUCGACAACGAUGAUUAUAGUCAUUCUUUCAAUCUUUUUAUUAUGUUCUACAGAGGCUCACUGUAGACCUCGUAGUUUUGGAUAUCCAGUCCCUUCUUCAGCUGCUUUUCAGAAGUCGAUAUCAUAUGGACAGUUCAUGCCUGCUACACCGCCGUCAUCAACAUCAGAAUCGCCAGGGCCGUCAUCGUCUGAAUCCUCUUAUUCUUAUUCGUCAUCAUCCACGUUACCACCAACUUCGUCACCUUCAACGUCUAAUUCUCAGUCAUCUUCAUCAACAUCCCAACAACCAUCGGCUUCUUCCUCCUCCUCAUCCUCCUCAUCCUCAUUUAACUCGAACGCUUCUUCUUCCUAUUCAUCAUCUUACUCCUUCAACUCUUCUUCUAACUCUUCCUCCUCGUCAUCAAAAUCAAACUCACCACAACAACCAUCAUCAUCCUUCUCGUCAUUAAAUUACACACGAUCAUCAUCGUCAAGAUCAGGUCAUCCUUCAACACCACCAUCCACACCCUCGUCUUCCUCGUCAAAGUCGGAAUCAUCUAAUUCUCAAUCAAGUGCAGCUAACUCUCAAGGUGGUACUUCUAAAUCCGAGUCACCAGCAGCUAUACCUCCAUCCUCUGGGUCAGAAUCGUUUAAAUCUCAUUCAAGUACCGCUAAAUCUCAAUCACCACCACCAUCAACCUCCCCGCCCGCCUCCUCGUCAGAGUCAGGGUCGUCUCAUUCUCAUACAAGUAAAGCUAAUUCUCAUUCAGGCACUUCUACAUCUCAAUCGCCACCAACCACGCCCUCUUCAUCAUCUUCGUCCCAGUCAGAUUCGUCCAAAUCUCAAUCAAGUACAAGUAAAUCUCAACCAACACCAUCCACACCCCCGUCUUCCUCAUCGCCAGAGUCGUCUCAGUCUCAGUCAAGUACAUCUACCUAUCAGUCGGGUUCUUCUAAAUCCCAACCCCCAUCAACCAUGCCUCCUUCGCCUUCUUCAUCAGAGUCAUCUAAAUCUCAUUCGAGUAAAAGUAUAUCUCAACCACCAUCGUCCGCACCUCCAUCUUCCUCCCCAUCAGAGUCAGACUCAUCUCACUCUCAUACAAGUAAAGGUAACUCUCACUCGGGUAUUUUUGAUUCUCAUUCACCACCAACUACUCCUCCAUCUUCUUCAUCAGAGUCAGACUCAUCUCAUUCUCAUACAAGUAAAGAUAACUCUCACUCUGGUAUUUCUGAUUCUCAUCCACCACCAACUACUCCUCCUUCAUCUUCUUCAUCAGAGUCGGACUCAUCUCAUUCUCACACAAGUAAAGAUAACUCUCACUCGGGUAUUUCUGAUUCUCAUUCUCCACCAACCACGUCCCCGUCGUCUUCUUCAUCAGAGUCAUCUAAAUUUCAUUCAAGCACAACUAAAUCAAAACCUCCAUCGUCCAUGCCCCCAUCACCCUCUUCGUCAGAAUCAGAGUCUUCCCAGUCUCAAUCAAGCACAUCUACUUCUCACUCAGGUUCUUCUGGAUCUCAGUCAACAUCCACCACGCCCCCCUCACCCUCUUCGUCAGAGUCGUCUAAAUCUCAUUCAGACACACAUAAAUAUCAACCCCCACCCUCCCCCUCCUCAUCAGAAUCAGACUUGCCUCAUUCCCAUGGAAGUAAAUCUAACUCUCAUUCGGGUACUUCUACAUCUCAGUCGCCACCAACCACGCCUGCGUCGUCUUCUUCGUCGCACUCUGAUUCGUCAAAAUCCCAAUCAAGUGCGACUAAAUAUCAACCACCACCAUCCACUCCCCCGUCUUCCUCAUCGUCAGAGUCAGAUUCGUCUCAAUCUCAAUCGAGUACAUCCACCUCACAUUCUAGUUCUUCCAACUCUCAGUCACCAUCAACCACUCCUCCUUCAUCUUCUUCAUCAGAGUCAGAGUCUUCUAAAUCUCAUUCAAGUAAAAGUAUAUCUCAACCACCACCAUCCAUGCCCCCAUCUUCCUCCUCAUCAGAGUCAGACUCAUCCGAUUCUCAUACAAGCAAAGAUAACUCUCACUCUGGUACUUAUAUAUCCCAACCACCACCAUCCAUGCCUCCAUCUUCCUCCUCAUCAGAUUCAGACUCAUCUCAUUCUCAUACAAGUAAAGAUAACUCUCAUUCAGGUACUUCUGCAUCUCAUUCACCACCAAACGAAUCCUCAUCAUCUUCUUCGUCAGAGUCGUCUAAAUCUCAUUCAAGUACAGAAAAUUCUCAAUCACCACCAUCCAUGCCCCCCUCAUCCUCUUCGUCAAAUACGGAAUCAUCUAAAUCUCAUUCAACUAGUACAUCCAAGUCCCAACCACCACCAUCCACGACCCCGUCAUCUUCUUCGUCAGAGUCGGAAAAAUCUCAUUCAAGUACAACUAUAUCUAAAUCACCAUCAUCCACACCUCCGUCUUCCUCGUCUUCUUCGUCAGAAUCGGAGUCUUCCCAGUCUCAAUCAAGUACAAGUACGUCCCAGUCAAGUUCUUCUCAAUCUCAAUCAACACCAACCAUUCCCUCCACACCUUCUUCGUCAGAGUCAUCUAAAUCUCAUUCCAGUACAAUUAUAUCUCAACCACCACCUUCCACUCCCACGCCUUCUGCCUCGUCAUCAUCAACAGAUUCAUCUCAAUCUCAUACAAGUAAAUCUAACUCUCAGUCGGGUACUUCUGCAUCUCAGUUACCACCACUCACACCCCCGUCGUCCUCUUCGUCAGACUAUGAAUCCUCUCAAUCCCAUUCAGCUUCAACCAAAUAUCCAUCACCAUCCACACCAUCAUCUUCCUCCUCAUCCGAGUCGUCUAAAUCUUCACCACCAUCGUCGUCAUCUUCUUCCUCAUCAUCAGAAUUUCCAAAAUUUCCUUUAUUCCCAAACAUUCCAAAUGUUCCUCACUUGCCUUUCAUUCCUUCGCCUUCAGGUAGCUUAUCGUCAUCUGGAAAAUUUAAUCCAGCACUCAAAAACAUAUGCAGCCAUUGUGAAUUUCCUGAACUUUGUCAAUCUUCUAUUAUGCCAUUCUUUAAUGGUAAUACCGAUGCAUAUGCUAUUCUCGGGAUGUCAAUCAAAGCUUGUACUCAAACCACUCAAAUCGCCAUUGACGUAAGCUUUAAAAUGUCACUAGAUUUUUCUCUUUCUGCUUCAUACUCUUCAUCUUCAUCUUUCUCUUCGUCAUCUGAUGUUCUUGCUCGCAUUAGUGAUUGCAAAAAUAGUUUCAAUAAUGCAAUGAAUAGUCUAAAAGGUGCAUCAAGUUGCAUUGAAAGCCGCGAUAUAGUAUCAUUAAAGAAAAUGUUAAAUGCAUACAUAACAUCGGUUGGAAGCUGCAAAGCAGGAUUUGCUUCCAUAUUUGGAUUUGGAAACCAUCCUUGUAUUGGAUACAGUAUAUUGAUGCAUCAACUUGCCAGCAAUUGCUUAGCACUUACUUCGUUGUGCGCCUAAUUAUCAUCCAUGAAUUUACGUGGGUAGUUUAUGUAACGCUAGGAUUUUUUUGUAAAAACAAAUGUCGCCAGGAAAGUGGUAAAAAUAGGGGCAGAAAUAUUAUGUCCCAUUUUUCAUAUUUACCCUUUUCAUGAGCUUUUUUUCUUUCAUAAUUAAUCAUUGUACUGUACACAUAUUACCAUUAUUAUUUUUUGAUAUACCCAUUCAGCAUAGUUGUAUGGUUUCAAAGAUGUGCUAGUCUAUAUAACAACGGCAUUCUUAUUUCUCCAA